UUCAUCUGAAAUUUGUCACACAAUAUUGAAUUUUGUGCGCUUAUUUGCGGUUUGAGAUAUUUUAUUUUUUUUUUAUAUUUAUUUGAAGUUUUUUUUCACCAUCAUGUCUAAAGAAUGUGAUCCACGGUUACCAUGUGACAGCGAUGAAAAAGUGGAAGAAAUUGAAGAAACUGAUCCUCGAGCAUACUGUUUCAGUCUCACUUCGAAACCUGCAGAAGUAUGUUUGCCAAAAUCGUGCCGUAUAGUGAAAAAAGGUUUGGAGGAACAAGAUGAAGAAGAGGAGGGUGCCAAAGAACCAUCGAGACUUAUUCCUAUAAAGCAGCCAGUCAAAACCUGCGUUCCAUGGAAUGAACCAACAUCUACAUCAAAAUCUGGCGUUCACGGAGGUCCAGGUGUUUCUGGUACGAGUCAAGUUAGUUCAUUCGGUGCAGCAAUGGGACUUGGGCCAUCAGGAACGAUGGGAUCAGGUGGAGUUGGAGGUGGCAUGGGAGGUGGAAUUGGAGGGGGCAUUGGAGGUGGUAUGGGAGGUGGAAUUGGAGGUGGUAUGGGAGGUGGCAUUGGAGGAGGAGUAGGUGUUGGUGGUGGAUUCGGUGGUGGCGGGAUUGGUGGGGGUGGUAUUGGUGGAGGUGGGAUUGGUGGUGCUAUGGGUGGAGUGCCACUAACAUCUAGUCAACAAUCAGAUAGGGAAACAGUGAGCUUAGCCAGACUGGUUGGAAUUGCUCAAGGACCAGCUGCUAUUAUGGCUUCAUUCGGAGAUACCGAAACUGCAAAGGAAAGUUUAGCCUCACUAGGAGCUCUGAGCAUGGGUGGUGCUAUAGUGUGCGAAUGUUGCGAAUGCGAUCCCUGCAUUUGCGGACCUAGGGGCCUGAAUAUUGAAAAUAUAUUAGCCGCCCUGAAAACAAUGAUGCGUAGUGGGGAAGACUUGAACAAACUUGUCGGGGCACUAGGACCAGGAGCUAUGAAAGCCUUAGGAACCAUAAUGGGUAAGGAAAGUGAAGCUGCUGCAAUGUGGGCAACUGGAGGAGGUGCCAGCAAGGACAAAACUGGAGAAGAUGCAGCGCAAGCGAGAGCGCAACGAGGUCCCGUCGAAACAGCCUCACAGAUUGCUCUCAGGGAAGCUUGGAUGCGUGGAGAAUUCGAUGAAAUGACUUCUUGUCACUGUCUACCUGGAAUGUGUCCAUGUCCUGGAGGUCACUACAUUUACAAACCAAAGAAAAUGAAAGGUAAAAAGGGUAUCGACAAAAAAAGGAAAAAAAUCAGAAAAAAAGUUAAGAAGAUUGGGAAAGAUGGAAAAGAAUAUGAAGAAUGGGAUUGGGUAGUACCGAGUGAUUCGGAUUUAGUGAGCCGACUGUCGGAAACGUGCGUUUGUCCACCAACAAAACAUUUCCUGACACCUGCAAGCUCAGAAACCGCCGUUAGUGAGAGACUUGUCGCUCCAACCAAAAGAAUAUACUGGGGUGAUUUGAUGGUCUGUACCUGUCCAAGGCUACAAAGAACACUCGCUAUCAUUAAGCCGGAAAGUGUUCGAUUCAAAGACGUAAUAUUAAGAGCAAUAAAAAAUUAUGGAUUGGAUGUAUUGGCUGAACGACAAAUACAACUCUCUCCAGAGGAAGCUUCAGAAAUAUAUGCGAGCCUUUAUGGUUCUUUCCGAUUUCCCAAUAUGGUUGUAUCCGUUAGUCAGGCGCCAGUCGUAGUAUUAUCCUUAGGCGGAAUUGACGUAGUGAAAAUUUGGAACCAUAUCAUAGGCCCAGAUGGUACACUUCCGAGUGAAUGGUUUUUACCUGCCUGGAUUGGUAGAAAAUUUGGUCAUUACGGGGAAAUUGUUGAUGCCCUGCAUGGUUCGAAGAACCUCUCCAAUGCUGAACGGGAAAACAGAUAUUUUUUUCCGGAAUGUUAUAUUGAUCCGCUCAUGAAGAAUGAAGUAGAUGUGAAGGAUUAUAUCAAAACUUAUGUAAAUCCAACUCUUCUGAAAGGAUUGACUCUCCUGGCAAAAACACGACCUAUAGAUCCAGUAGUAUUUCUUGCAGAGUGGCUUCUAACACAUAAUCCUUUUCAACCUCAUUUUCCUACCCAUAUCACUUUAUCACCGCUUUGAUAACAAAAGAAAAACAUUAAUGAUGUACGAAAUAAAUGAUCAAUAUACAAUUCUUAUAUGCUUGA